CAUAACUUUAUUAGAGCGCGCAUCCUCGAAGUGGCAUAAGCAAAGAAUAACCGCGGAAAAAUGAGCAGUAUAGUAAAACUUCCCUUCAUAUGCGCCAUUACUGUGGCUCUUCUCUUCGCCAUAGCAGCGGCUCAGCUGAGAGCAAUAGCACCUACUAAUGGCCCUCGACGUGUGGAUACUCGCGGUCGUUACACCCCCUACAACAGUGAUCCUUACUACAAUAAUCGUUACUUUAAAAAUCGCGAAUACUACAAUCGUCAAUAUUAUGAUGAUUUGUUAAAGAAAUAUAAUCCUGAGGUAGCCGCCCCUCAGGCGCGCAUCAUUGCACAGAAUGUUGAAUCUAAUCACGAUGGCACCUACACAUACUCCUAUGAAACUGAAAAUGGCAUACAAGCCGAAGAACGCGGCGUGGCUGUAAAGGUAGGCACCGAAGAGCAAAAGGAAGUGGUCGAAGGCUCCUAUUCGUUUGUGACACCCGAUGGCAUGCGUGUGAUUGUCAAGUACACUGCCGAUGAAAACGGUUAUCAUCCAACAAUUACAUAUGACGGCACUAAUGCAGACCGUUUUGCUCGCUUGCAGCAGCCUGCUGAUAUUAUAAUUACCCGCCAGAAUUGAGUACGAUAUACAAUAAUGGGAACAUUUUUUGCUAUAAAUCUGUAAAAAUAUAUGAUAAUUAAAAUUUUAAUAAAGAUUUAGAAUGAC